GUCACGCCCCUCGGGUUUUCUGAGCGCGUCGAACGUCACGCGGUUCAAAGAGGAGCAAAGAUGGCGGACAACAAAGGCCAAGAUUGUGCGGAGAGCUCCGCAAAUAUGGAGGUAGGGACUUCGGGAACAGAAGAUAACGGAGACGGCGGCUCAAAGGACCCAGACGCGGUGAUUUUAAUCGACUCGGAGCCGAAGGAAGGAGCAGACGAGCUCAAGUCUCAAGAGACCGUUCCCCAAGCGCUGACGACAUCCAGCAGCGGCGGCGGAGCUACAGACGGGACCCCAAAUACCGAGAGCACCGAGCCACCGCCGCCGCCGUCCUCCUCCUCCUCCUCAGCGGACAGCACCGCUGCUGGCGCAUCACCCGCUCUCAUUAACGAGAUGUCGCCUCCACCACCAGCAUCCUCGACCUCCUCCUCUUCAACCCCUGCCGCCCCGAUAAACCUACUGGAUACGUGCGCUGUGUGUAAACAGAGUCUCCAGAACCGCGACUGUGAGCCCAAACUCCUGCCCUGCCUGCACUCCUUCUGCCUCAAGUGCAUCCCGCAGCCGGAGCGAAAGAUCACCGUCCCGGUGCAAGGGCCCCAUGGACAGGACACUCGUAUUGUGAACGUCAUGCGUUGCACGGUGUGUCAUCAGGAGUACAAACAGAUUGACAUAGUGGACAAUUACUUUGUCAAGGACACUUCAGAGGCCACAAGCACAUCAGUGGAGAACUCUACACAGGUUUGCACCAGCUGUGAAGAUAAUGCCAGUGCCAUUGGAUUCUGCGUUGAAUGUGGGGAGUGGCUCUGUAAAACCUGCAUUGAAGCACAUCAGCGGGUCAAAUUCACUAAAGACCAUAAAAUACGCAAAAAAGAGGAAGUAUCUUCUGAAUCGGUUGGGACGUCAGGCCAGAGACCUGUCUUCUGUCCGGUACACAAACAAGAGGCCCUCAAGCUCUUCUGCGAGACAUGUGACACUCUAACCUGCAGAGACUGCCAGCUACUUGAACACAAAGAACACAGGUACCAGUUUCUAGAAGAAGCCUUUCAAAACCAGAAGGGCAUCAUUGAGGCCUUCAUGACUAAGUUGCAAGACAAAAGAAACUUUGUGGAGUUUUCUGUAUCUCAGGUGCAAAACAGAUUUAAAGAAGUUUCUGAGACGCAUAAGAAGGUUGAACAUGAGAUAAAAAUAGCAGUCUUUACUCUCAUCAAUGAAAUCAACAAGAAAGGCAAAUCUCUACUGCAGCAGUUGGAGAGUGUGACCAAAGAGAGGAGUGUGAAGCUGCUCAGCCAACAGAGGGACAUCAGCUGCCUGGCCCAGCAGAUCAUCCAUGUGCUCAACUUCACCAACUGGGCCAUCAGCAAUGGAAGCAGCACAGCCCUGCUCUACAGCAAGAGACUGAUCACAUACCAGCUGCAUUUCAUUAUGAAGGCCCGUGUGGACCCAGUACCUCAAAGUAAUGGAGCAGUCCGCUUCUUCUGCGACCCCACCUUCUGGGCCAAGAAUGUGGUUAACCUUGGCAAUCUGGUUAUUGAAAAAGUGCCACAUACUGCUCCUCCUCCCCAAAUGAUGGUCAAUCAGCAGAUCUCUCCCAGUCACAAUCACCCAGGUAAGCACUCAGGACAGAUCAACCUGGCCCAGCUGAGGUUGCAGCACAUGCAGCAGGCUGCAAUCGCUCAGAAGCACCAGCACCAACAGCAGCAGCAGCAGCAGCAGCACCAACAACAGCAGCAGCAGCAGCACCAACAACAGCAGCAGCAGAUGCGCAUCGUCUCACAGAUGUCCCAGCAUCCCAGACAAGGAGGUCCACCACAGAUAACCAGUAUACAGCAACCGCCACCAAGGCUCAUUAGUAUGCAGGCCCUCCAGAGGGGUGGGGUCAAUGGCUCCUCCCACAUGUAUCCACCUCAUCACAUGCGCAUGGUAUCAGUGCAGAACCGCAUGCCUUCAGUGCAGCCCCGACUCAACGGGCAACCAUAUCCUAUGAUGCAGUCUCAAUUACAGAGACAGCACUCUAAUCCUGGGCAUGCUGGGCCCUUCCCUGUGGCGUCGCUACACAACAUUAGUGCUGCCAACCCCACCAGUCCCACCAGUGCCAGUAUGGCCAAUGCCUACAUUCACCGUGGCCCCACUAGUCCUGUUGUCGCCCCCAUAGAGCUCAUACCAUCAGUCACCAACCCCGAAAACCUGCCUUGCCUGCCGGACAUCCCUCCCAUUCAGCUUGAAGAUGCCGGUUCGAGCACACUGGAUAACAUUCUCAGUCGAUAUAUUUCUGCUAGUUCAUAUCCUGCUGUUGGCCCCACCAAUCCCUCACCGGGACCUUCUACACAUUCCCCAGGAUCGUCAGGUUUAUCUAAUUCUCACACUCCAGCUCGUCCAUCCAGCACGUCAAGCACGGGCAGCAGGGGCAGUUGUGGGUCAGCUUGUAGACCUGGGAUGGGGAACACGGCAGUGGACCAGGUGAAGGUCAAACAGGAACCGGGAGUUGAGGAAGAAUGUAGCUAUUCUGGAGCAAACGUCAAAACAGAGCACUGUAAAGAUGGCAGACGGAGUGCUUGCAUGAUGAGCAGCCCAGAAGGAAGCCUAACUCCCCCUCUUCCCAUCCUUGGCUCCGUGUCCACCGGUUCAGUCCAGGACAUUUUAAGAACACUUGGUGAAAAUGUUAAAUCUGAACCACAGAGCAAUCCACGCUCAUCCUGUACGAAGUCAAACUCCAGCGCAUCUCUAACCAAUGGGACCACAGCGUCAAAUGGUAGUCAGCAGGGGAGCACCGCUAACGCCAACAGCCAGACCACUGUAGGAAAGGAAGACGACCCGAACGAGGACUGGUGUGGCGUGUGUCAGAAUGGAGGAGAACUGCUGUGCUGUGAUCGCUGUCCUAAAGUCUUCCACAUGACCUGCCAUAUCCCAACACUCAAAUCUUCUCCCAGUGGAGAUUGGAUGUGCACCUUCUGCAGAAGUCUCACAAAUCCAGAGAUGGAAUACAACUGUGAUGACGAUCCACCCAGUAAGAAGGACAAGAGUGAGACGGCAAUGAGUCCAGAGGACCAGCGACGUUGUGAGCGCUUGCUGCUGCAUGUGUUUUGUCAUGAGCUCAGUACAGAAUUUCAAGAGCCUGUUUCUAUAUCGGUACCCAAUUACUAUAAAAUAAUAAAGCAUCCUAUGGAUUUGACCCUGGUAAAGCGGAAACUGCAGCGAAAACAUCCUCUGCAUUACAAGAGUCCUAAAGAGUUUGUGUCCGACGUGCGCCUGGUCUUUAGCAAUUGUGCCAAAUAUAAUGAGGUGAGUUCGGGGCAUGUCCUUAACCUGUGUGGGGGUGCAUGUAAGAAACGAGUAUUUGGAGAGUAUGAAAUGUCAUUUCAGUGGAUGGAUUUGUUCUGUUUGGGGUGUCUUGAGUUCAUCACAGUGGCCACAGUAGUAGUCAUGGAGAAGGAGAUGCGAGUGGAGGCCGAUAAGGAUUCGGAGGACUCUGACGAUGACGUCGUACAACCGAAACGCAAACGCUUAAAAGUGGACACCGAGAAGCUGUUGCACAUCAAGUGAAGAAAAUGAGGAAACGUCUGCAAGAAAUAAACUGUCUUCCUCACAAGCUCAGUCUUAUUCUGCCUUCUGAAGGGCAUUAGAAUGCUGGAACUGAUGCGAUUCAAAUGCUUCGUUUAUUUCAUAUUCUCCCAAACCCUGACGAACCAUUGUACAUACAGUGUGAGAACCCUUAAACAUGCAUUGUGGACGUUGGCGUCUUCAUCGGAGGAUCGAUGAAUGAAUUGUUGGGUGUCGAUGAAGACACUUGUACAGAUUUAAAUAGUCUUGUUUUGGUCUGAUUUAGUAAAUAUCAUUUUUCCUUUUUUUCUUAAACUAUGAGUUAUUAUUAUAUUUGUAAAUCUAUUGUGAAUGAUACUUUAUAAAUGAUACUCGUCUCUCCCUUCUGUUGUAUGAUAAAGUUUAUCAUAUAUGGCCCACCUGCUUCCUUUGCAUGUGUAUUUUCUUAUUCCUACAGUUGAAAUCCCUUCAGUAGGAGAAAGUUUGAUCUUUAUUUCCAAUAAAACAGUGACUUCUG